AACGGCUCCGGGGCGGGGCCCGCGGGGUGAGGGGUCGGUAAAUAUUGGUGACGUCACACCGCCAAGAUGGCGGAGGGGGAGGACGGGGGCUGGUGGCGGAGCUGGCUCCAGCAGAGCUACCAGGCCGUCAAGGAGAAGUCCACAGAGGCUCUGGAAUUCAUGAAGCGGGACCUGGCUGAGUUCACCCAGGUGGUGCAGCACGACACCGCCUGCACCAUCGCCGCCACCGCCAGCGUGGUCAAGGACAAGCUGGCAAGGGCGGAAGGCUCCUCAGGUGCCACUGAGAAGGUGAGGAAGGGGCUGUCUGACUUCCUGGGGGUCAUCUCGGAUACCUUUGCUCCUUCACCGGACAAGACCAUUGACUGUGACGUUAUCACACUGAUGGCAACACCCUCAGGUACCACCGAGCCCUACGACAGUGCCAAGGCUCGUCUCUACAGCCUCCAGUCCGACCCAGCCACCUACUGCAACGAGCCUGAUGGCCCUGCUGAGCUGCUGGAGGCCUGGCUCGCUCAGUUCAGCCUGGAGGAGAAGAAAGGGGAGAUUGCAGAGCUGCUGGCAACCAGCCCUUCCAUCCGGGCACUCUACACCAAAAUGGUCCCUGUGGCUGUUUCUCACUUGGAGUUCUGGCAGCGCUACUUCUACAAAUUGCAUCGCCUGGAGCAGGAUGAAGCCCGGAGGGAGGCUCUGAAGCAGCGAGCGGAGCAGAGCAUGCACCAAGAGGAGCCAGGCUGGGAGGAGGAUGAAGAGGAGUUCUUGGGGAUGUCCCCCCUGCCUUGUGCAAACAUCACAUUUCCAGGAGCAGCACAGAAAGAACCCGCCCCAGCAGCCCCGGAGGGAAACCACCCCGCUGCUCCCAAGGGCCCCUCCGGGGAGAGCUGGGCUGUGCUGCCCCCAGAGCUGGUCCCAGUGGAGCAGAGCCCCUCGGAGAGCAGCGAGAGCGUGUCCCUUGUGACUCAGAUUGCAAACCCUGCCUCUGUGCCUGCCACCCAGCUACAGACUGCAGCUGCACCCACGGGCACCGGGGACCUCUCCCAGAGGCUGGUGGAGGCCACCUUGGAAGAGCAGAGCUCCCUGGCAAAGCCCUCAGAAGCUGCUCAUCCUUCUGCACCUGCCGAGGAAUCAGCAGCAUCCUCGGAGCCGGCAGCAGGAACAGAGCUCAGAGAGCUGGAGAGCAAAGGCAGGACAGAGACUCUGAGAGAGGAAGGGCCCACAGACCUGCGAGUCUUCGAGCUCAACUCGGAUAGUGGCAAAUCCACCCCCUCCAACAACGGCAAGAAAGGCUCCAGCACAGAUAUCAGCGAGGACUGGGAAAAGGACUUUGAUCUGGACAUGACGGAAGAGGAGGUGCAGCUGGCGCUCUCGAAGGUGGAAAUGUCUGGGGAGCUGGAAGAUGAAGAGUGGGAAGACUGGGAAUAAAGCAGCUGCUUCCAGUGUGUGUCACAGGCUCAUUUCCACCAUCGAAUGUGAAUUCAAUCACGGACCGGCUGUUCCUUUGUGUGUGACUGUGCUGGGGGUUGCAGUUCCAGGCUGGAGGAGUUCCAUUCCUGCUAAAACCUCUGGGCAGCAAGUGACCCCUUCAGAUCCAGGAGGAGGAAGCAGGAGGUCACUGGCACACAGGAGCCCGACUUCUGCAGAGGUCCUAGAGACUGGCCAAGACAAAACUGCCCCUGAUGUGUCAGGAUGAAGCAGAGUGAGGGGUCCCUGGGGCCAGCUGGGCACUCAGAGCCCUGCCAGGUGUGUUGGGUGCUGCCAGGCUGCCAGCUGGCUCCUUCCUUGCUUGUGUGUGCACGUGUAACCUACAGCUGAGAGGCUCCUGGAUGUGGCUGUGCCUGCUCCGCUCGCUGCUCCGCAAUUCCCACCCAGAAAGCAACACCCAGGGAGGGCCUGAGGUCUGGAGGUGCUGCAGAAAAAGGCUCAUGGCUUUGACCCUAGAAGGAGCCAACCCCUGCCAAACCCCGAGUUUCUGCCUGGCUUUUUGUCUUGGAAGCUUUUUCUCAAGGAAACUCCUGUUUCCAGCAGUUCCUCGAAGAGCCAAGGCCUGCUGCUCCUCCCUUUGCAGCUGCACCACCUUCCUGCACUGGGUUUUGUGUCUUUCUAGUUAAAUUCUCCAAGCAAAAUCCUCGUGGCUUGCUCUUACUCGAGCCCUGCUGGGCUGGCAGUGGUUUGGGUCACCUGGGAGCAGAAGAACAGAACUGCUCAUGUUGGUGCCUAGUUCUGCCCUUGCAAAGGCCCAGCCUGACCCACUGACCACUUCAGCCUCUGCCUGACCAUCCUGGGGAGGGAGAGGCUCCCAAAUGCAGGUGGUCCCUGCUGGCUGAGGCUGUGUGUCCCCAUCUGAACCCGUCCCACCCGUGCCAGGCCCUGCAGCCACCACGAGCUUUGCUGUGCUCGCUUGGGUUCCUUCAGUUCAGCCCCUGAGACUGCUUGCAACACUUCCUUCAGCCCCACGGCCUCUUUUUGGGGCAGUUUCCUUGUCACAGCAGGAGAUGCUGCUGAUGCUCAGUUAUCCCAAGGGGACAGUGCCCUCGCUGCUCUCCCUGGCCUUUUGGGUGGUGGGGUGACACUUUCUGCCUUUGUCCUGCCCCUUCCAGGGCUGCUCCACUGGGGCUGGGGGUUUCCUGCUGGGUUUGGACAGCAUUAAAUGAGGUGCACUUGGCAAGAGUUGGGGUUUUGGGGUUGGGUUUUCUUCCUUUGGGGUGACUCCUGGUGGGAGCAUCCCUGUCCUGACAAAUCCCAGGGGACAGCUCUGCUCCUGCCUGGGGUGUGGUGGGUCCAGCAGAGCCUCACCUUGUCCUGGCUCAGAUUAUGGUGGGCAGGGGACACAGGGGACACCAGUGGGGACCUGGGGCUGGUGUGAGUCCCAGCUGAUCCUACAGCAGAGCUCGAGGGUGCAGCAUCUGUGUCACUUUCUUUUCUUCUUUAGUUGAAUUAACCGUUGGGUUGGUUGUGCAAUAUUCUCUGUUCUUGAACUAUUCCGCCUCUCCCUGAGCCUUUUCUAGCUGGGGUGACAAACCAGGAACAAUUCUAACAGCUGGUAGUUUUGUAACAAUGACUUUCUCCAAACCUUUUACAGACUUGCAGUUAACAGCAAUUAAAGGAGUUCUCAGAGUCUC